GCUGCCCACUGCGCACGCCUCCCUCUCUCCUCCUCUCUCCGGCUGCUGCUCACCAUCAAGAAGUCGCUUUCUCAAUCGGGCCGAAUUAACGCGAGGCAGGUUUGUUUUCUUUACAGCAGCGAAACGGCGUUCAUUGCGUAAAUCGUGCGCUUUUUCCUCUCCGCACGAUCCUUUUGUCUGCGACCCUGCGCUCUCCUUGAACAGCACCUCUCCGUCCGGCUGGAACACGGUGUCCUCUGGGGGUGGAAAUGACGGCCAAGCAUCGCAAACCGAAGAACAACCUCAAAAACGAAGAUAACUUAAUCAAGAAUGAAGUGGUCGAGACCGAGGCGCGCGCCGGGGGCAGCAAUUACGCGGGGCUGCUGGUUUUAUUCCUGAUGAUCGUGGCCGUCGGUGCCGCCGGCGCGUGGCUGUGUGUCCAGCAGCACCAAACUUUAACCCACCUGACAGACAACAUCACGGCCAUGCAGAUGAAGAUAGCGAGGCUCCAGUCCUCCAAUGAAGAAAUGCGACAGUCCAGUGAUAAGCAGCACAUUUCGGAGAGUGUGGAGAACCGUAUGAUUGCACUGGAGGAGUCUUAUGCACUGGCCCAGAAACAGGUGGGCAUGGCCCUGGCUACGGCUGAGCAGCUGAAGACCACGGAGCUCCCGGCUCAGGUGCUGUCCCUCCACACCGAGAUGAAAACCCGCAUGGCCGAGAUGCAGCAAGCCACGGUUUCCCUGGAGCAACUGGAGCAGCUGCAGACCACGGUGACGGGGCUGUCCCAGACGGUGGACGUCCUAACUGGGAGCCUGGGAGCCGCAGAGUCCAUGUUGGAGAAGAAAGAAGCGCAGCUCACCGCACUCGGCACGGCCCUUAUCGAACAGGCCGCCGAGCUGCUUAAACUGAAUUUGGAAGUGGACGCCCAGCAGGCUCAGCUGAAGGCCAGCACGCAGGAGGUGGCGUCUGUCAGAGAGUUGCUGGAGAAUGAGCUGUCCCAGCAGGCCAGUGUGGAGGAGCAGCUCAGUGCGGUGCACGAGAGUCUGCAGGAACAGAACUCAGCGGCCCAGAGUGUGCACUCUGAACUCAGGGCUCAGCUGGAGAACAUUCAGGCACGCUAUAAAAACAAUAUAAAAGCAGAAAGAAUUAGCCUGCUGGCGCUUGAGGCGCAAACUGCUGCAGAGCCUGUGGAGGAGGUCAUCGAAGAAGAAGAAGAAGCUGCUACAGAGGAAGCGCCUGUCGAGCAGGAGGUCCCCGUCACUCCUGCAGAGGAGGUGGUGGAGGAGUUGGAGAAGGAGGAAGUAGAGACGACACAAAGGGAAGAGGAGAGCCAGGAAAUAUCGGAAGGAGAGAAAGUUCUGGAGGAGGAGGAGGAGGAGAAGGAGGACAGUAAUCCGGAAGAGGGGGCAGUGAAGGAAGCAGCGUUGCUGGAGGAGGCAGAUGAGGAAGAGGAGCCUUUAGAAAAUGAUGCUUUAGCGCAGGAUGAAUAGAUUUUUCUGGACAAACUCAACCAAGGAGGAUGGGGAACUUUCUCAGUCUAAAGACACUGUCGACAAUAAGAUGAAUACUCUAGGCAGGCUUUAUAGAUUGCUGGUGUUUAGUUGCAGUCUUCACUGUGUGGUUGCUCUUUGAAAGGCAGACGAAAAACCAGAAGAGUUCCUUCACUGUGCUGGAGCUGAAACGUGAACAUGAAAUACAACAUGGCUGUUUAUGUUUGAAAAACGACUAAUUCAGGGUUUUUUUACUUGCCAAUAACGAUCUCUGAAGCCUUAAUUCAUACAACGCGACUGUCUUUCUAUAUAGAGCAUUUUCCACUCUUCACAACUUGCACUUUUUUUUGUCAGGGUUACGUCUGUACUAAACUGGAAAACUGCAAACCAAUGACACAACAAGAAGCGUUUGUCAGUGCACUUGAAGCCAUAAGAUAAGCCUGUCUCUGUGACAUGAAAUAAUGUGUCUUGUUGUCACUGCCUGAAAUGUUUUUUAUUAAAGAUAAAUGCAGAACAAAGUUAUCGAAUCCCAGGUGUUUUACACAGGAAAACUUAAGAGCAAGUAAAAAAAAGCAGAAAAGAUACAGAAGAACAAGUCUUGAAUGUGUUUAAAGUAUAUACUAACUGUAGAUGAUAGUUUUUUUUUUUACUACAUAAGUACAUAUCUGUAGUUCAGCACUGAAAUUCGAAGGAUUUCGUAAAAAUAGUUUGGCUUUUUUUUUUGGUGCACUUUUUUAAAUCAGUUCCAGUUCCAGUCACAUAGAACAAGCCUGCAGUGUUGUAAGUUACAGACGGGUCUAAAAGCUUCAACCUCCCAAAUCUGGUUUCAUCAACAUUGUCCUACAGCUUUUGUUUAUAAGAAAAUAGCAUUUUAUAGUAGGUUCAGACCUCUUAGUCUCGUUGUUGGUCUUUUAAUAUAUAACCACAGGUAUUCUAUGUAUUAUCUAUGGAAAAAGAAACGCGUAUUUGAACUAGAAGAGCUUCGUAAAGCACCUCAGGGACUAACUGUUCUCUAAAUAUAAUAAUGUAAUUUUUACUGAAAUGAGCCCAAAAACAAUCAGACCUAAACUGACCAUACCUUAGUUAACAUGUUCAGUCAGAAGAUGGCUGAAAAGUUGCAUCUAAUGAUGCAGGAAGACAUCAGUUUCAAAAUUUUGAUUUCGGAUAAAUCCAGGUUUAACUGUUCACGUCUGUAAUUUGAAGAGCUACGUGAGAGGCUGAAGUGCAACAGUUCAUCAAACCUGUGGAACACAUGUGAAAAGUGUGGGGGUGUAAAUAGGCCCUGCAACACAUCAACCAAACAGGACGACUGUUCCUUCUCUGUCAGACCUCGUGGCUUCGGUUUCUGAGUAAUGAGAGUCUAAAGUCUGAGAGAGCAGCUGCUGGACUUCUCGUCUGCACUCAUCUCAUGUGUGAAACAGAAGCUAAACAUAUGACUACUCUGCAGGACUGUUUCUGUGACAUGUUUGGAAGACAACUGGAAUUAUGUGAAAUCAAUAAAUUUGAAAAAAACUAACUGCAGGAAUUCAAGCUGUGACUCGAGGAAAUAGACAUAUCAAAUAUUAACCUCACAUAAAGUGUUAUACAUUUACCAAAUGACCUCUUUGUACACAGGAAAAAUGUUUGUGCUUUCACUUAAACGUGGAAUAUGUUUCUGAUAAGGGAUUAAACAGUUCUCUGUACCACUGGAAAACCUUUGAACAUCCCUGUAGGAAUUUUUCUUUUUAAUAUUCACAUUAAUUGAAUGUACGGUUUUGCUGAGGCAUCUGUUACUGUCAGUAUGAUACUUCUCUUAUUGUCAUGUUUUGGAAAAUAAACACUGGUUCUUUCA